UUUAAUAUGUAUUUUAUGGGACCCUGUGACGCCCCCCACGUACAGUCCAAUUAUCACGUGACACAGACAGGGGUAUGGUUGUCAUGGAAACGAGCUCCUCAUCAAACAGUGUCCGGACUUGUAACUGCAGCAGGCGACACAGCCAGAGUAACUGAGGCGAUAUUUAACGCCAUUUCGUCUGUGGUUAUCAUGCAGGAUAAGAGGAAUGAGAUGAUGCCGUUCCCACCACCCAUCAGCAGAGACAGGGUCAUCUGUGAAUUUCCAAAGUGCUACACGCCUGUGGCCUCUCUACAUCUAAAGAAAGACUGGGACAGUCAGGCUAAAGCAGCCUGUAAAGACAGAGCUGCCAGACAUCAGCCGUGGGACCGACAAAAAAUGUCAAAAGUGGUGGUUGUUGGAGAUCUUAAUGUGGGGAAGACCUGCCUCAUUAACAGGUUUUGUAAAGAUGUAUUUGAAAGAGACUACAAGGCCACCAUAGGUGUGGACUUUGAGAUCGAGAGGUUUGAGAUAUCUGGAGUACCUUUCUCUCUUCAGAUAUGGGAUACAGCUGGACAGGAAAAAUUCAAGUGCAUUGCGUCUGCAUACUACAGAGGAGCUCAGGUCAUUAUCACAGUCUUUGACAUGGCAGACAUUAAGUCCCUUGAUCAUACACGCCAAUGGUUGGAGGAGGCCAUGAGAGAAAAUGAGCCUGACUCCUGUUUCAUCUUCUUGGUUGGCACAAAGAGUGACCUGCUGCCCUCAGAGGAAAGACAGAGGACAGAAAAAGAUGCCCUCAGGAUAGCAACAGAAAUGCACGCAGAGUUUUGGGCUGUUUCAGCUAAAACAGGUGAGAACGUGCAGGGAUUCUUCUUCAGGGUGGCAGCUUUGGCCUUUGAGAAGUGUAUACUGGAGGACAUGGAGAAUGGAGUCCCUGCUAGCAUCGGACGUGGAGCUAGUAUCAAAUCAGAUCGUGCCAACCUGGAGGAGGCGCCAACCCAGGACACGAAGAGAAGCUGCUGCUGAUGAAAAGAGGAACUCUCAGAGUGAGCUGUUAGAGAGCACAACCACACAGGCUCUGUGCCUGAGCUUCAGCUGAAUAAAUGAAAGUGACUGACCAUGA